AUGGAACUUUUACCGCAGGAUGGAGGUGCAUCACAUAGGUUGGCAGAUGGAUCCUCCGCACCUGCUGAUGUUGAUUGUGAUCAUGCCAUUGAAAGGUGUUCAGAUGGUCCGGGGCGAGGAAAACACAACCCACUAAAUCCUGAGGGGGCAUUUAGUGGGUUGACAGAUGGGAACCCCACACCGACCCUAGCGCCUACAGGUUCCAUCUCCACACCUUCCGAUAUUGACUGUGAUCAAGCUGUUGAACGGUGCUCAGACGAUCAGGAGCUUGCCAAACAUGACCCUUUAAACCCGGAAGGUGAAUUUAAGUUGGAAUUUAAUACUGCCUUGAAUGAGGUGGAAAAAAUUGACAGCUCAAGUAAAGUAAAUGUGAAGGAAGCCAUACUAGGAUAUCCCUUGAUUGUGCAAAAUGCCGCUCUAAAUGUAACGGCUUUACCAACUACACAGGGAAGUGUGGAGCGUUUGUUCUCCGCCCUCCAAAUAAUAAGAUCUGACUUCAGAUCAUCUAUGGAAGAGGAUAUAUUUCAGGCUGUUCUUUUUCUUAGAGCUAAUUCGAUGUAAGUAAAAUGAUCCUAGUUGUCUUCUAAAAUUUUAUCAUAUUAAUCUUAAGGGAACAUUUGGC